GGCAGUGGGCGGUGGACUGAGACCCAGCGAGGGAGGCGUUUCAUUGCUGCAGUCCUGGACGAAAGAAAAAACGCGCUUCUUGAAGUGAUCAGAGGAAGUGCUCACACUUCGGGUGAUAGGAUCUUUGCCCGCCUCUCUCAAAACCGCGCAAGAAAGCGAUUCGGAAGCCAGCAAGGACACCUUGCCGUUCCAGGACUUCAGCUCCAGCCGGGGAAUUGGCACGACUAUGUCUCCUGAAGGUGGCAGGGCACCUUCCCUCCUUUACUUGAUUGUCAUAGCGGCCGGACUAAAUAUCUACUCCAUCUCCUCAGUGACUACAUCUCCCAUCUCAAAUAAAACAAAAGUAACCAACCAGACCCCUACACUCAACAGCACUUCAGCAGCAAAUACUGUAAAAACAGUUGCAAGUCCUGUUACUCUUUCCUUUACAACUACACUGACACCUACUGAAAAUGAUACGAUCCUAUUGUCUACUACACCUAAUGACACAUCAAGUACAUCAGAGAUAACUCUAUCAACAACGAAUUUGUUAUCACAACCAAGCACUAGAUUACAAAGCACAGAACACACGCCAACCUCAGUGAUGUCAGUUGAUAGCUCAGCAAUGACUAACAUUUCCCAUGUAGAAACUGAAGCCACCGCUACUUCAGGUAUUACGAAUGUAUCAUCCAAUAGCAGCAGUUCAUUUCCUCAUGAGGAAUACACCAGCUCUUGGGUUACUCAAUUAUCAAGUACAGAAGUGUCCACAGUACCUGUGACAUCCAAGAAACACCCUGUGGAAGAAACCAUAUCUGGAGUCACUAUUAAGCCACUCAUCUCAUCAAGCUCUGUGGGAAAGUUUACAUAUUCACAAGGGACUUUAACAAGUAAAGCAACUGUUGCGACCUCUCCCAUUGGCAGUACCAGACUCUCCUCAGAGGUAACCCUGCAAGAGGUUCAGCAGGGUUUGAGUUCAGGAAGCAUUGCAGCUAUUACUAUAACCAUAAUUGCUGUGGUUCUAUUGGUAUUUGGCAUAGCUGCAUUUUUAAAAAUCAGGCAUUCUUCAUAUGGAAGACUUUUUGAGGACCAUGAUUAUGGAUCCUGGGGAAACUACAACAAUCCACUGUAUGAUGAUUCCUAAUCUAAGAAUAUUAGCCAAGCCAAAGCUGUUCUUGUGUUGUGAUGCACCUAAUUCACCAAAAGCACUACGUUCCAGUUUCUUUUGACCUGCAAUCUUAUAUUUUAUUACUUUUGCUGUUUCUUCCAGUGAAUCUUUGGAGUUUAAUAGAAGCCAAACUCUACAAAAUGAAUCAGAUUCAAGUGAUGCUUACAAUAAAUAAUUCAAGUCUUAUUUAAUAAGUUGCUACAGUUUCCGGAAAAAGAUGAAGUUAUAUGGAAUACUCCAAUUAAAACUAAGUUUUAGCAACUUAUGAUAGGUGAGCCUUUAGUAGCAGAUUUGGCAGGAAGAAAUAAUAUGGCCUCUUUAGCUGUCCAUUAGCAAAACUUUAAGGUAAAAAUUGCUUAAUGUGAAUCUCAGAAGAUUAAUAUCAAAUCUUGCUCUUGUUUAUUUGCUUCACCAGGCUGUUUCUGUAAGAAGAGGAUUCUUAUUAACAUUCAGCUGAAUAUUGUACUAUCUUAUAUUUCACUGAGGUUCUUGUUAAUUGUUAAGCAGUUGCUAUAAAUGGCAGUGCCAUGUCAAUUGCUUCCCUUUUCUUCUAUCAUACCAAUUCAACAAAUCCUGAGUGCUCAUUAACAGAGGGAACAGCUGUUGGUCCACUGAUAACACGCAAAUAUCAUAUUUAAGGAAUGAAAUUAAUAAUUCUUCCACAUUCAAAAAAAAACCCCUAGUAGAUUUGAUACAUAAAGAAUGAGAUUAUUUCCAAAAAUAAAAUGUUAACCUCUUUGAUUUGUACCAAGUAUUAACUAUUCCAUAUUUUCUGGGUUCAGUAUUAAUAUGUUAAUAUCCAGGACAAUAGAUUUAAGUUCAACACUUCCAUCACAAUUCCUCAGCUGGAUGAAAAAGAAAAAUAGAGGGUCUAUAUUGAAAUAAUGAUGCUUCAUUCCUGUAAAUUUCCCAGCAGUUUCUUCCUAAUAAAUUGGGGGUGGAUAGUGAGUGGAGGAAUUAUAGACAAGUGGAAUCUUUUCUUAACUUCUCUAAACACAAACACUAAAAACGGGUAAACAGACUCCACUUCACCAAGCAUUCUUCCCAUUUUGUUAGGACAACUAUAUUUCAAGUUACAUCUGAAAACCCUCCAAACAAGUAGCAUCCUUAAAAUCCAGAGACCUCAAUAUAAAAUAAUGUAAUAACUUCCAUCAGCUAAGAGCCUCUUUAAAUCUAACUGUAGAAGACUAGUAAAAAAUUACCCUUGAAUGUUUGAGGAGAAGGUAAAAAGGAAGGAGAAUAUGCUAUAAGAUUUGAUUUUAAUGUUGAAAAGUGGGUUUUAAAACACAAGACCCAAAAUAAAACCUAGGAAAUUGGAGGAGAAUAAUAAAUUCUGAGUAAUAAAAUUGGGUUUGGACAGAUUUUCUGCCUUUGCUUGUAUAGUUCAGGGGAUAUUGGCAACAAACUACCAUAUAUUUUUAAAAUAGUGGAAGACGGACUGUUACCAUUUUGUACCACAAACCCCCAUUUUCCAAAGAGUUCCACAAUUUGUCUCCAUAUUCUGCUCUAUCCCACUAUUGAGUCCUAUCAAUAGGACCAUAAAAAUUAAAAAAUGUCCAGUCCACAAAAAAGCUUUACUAAAUAUUAUUAUUUGCAUUCAAUAGUUGUCAUUUUCUUUUGUGUGACAAAGCUCUAGAAUGGUCACCACUAACUUGAACACCUGAAAGCAUUGGUCUGUAGUGUGCAGUGAUUUAUGCUGACAAGUAAUUAGUAAUGUUAUAUGCCAGUUCAGAGAAAAGCAGCUCUAAAAUGAAUCAGAGUCAAAGAGGCCUGGAAGGGAUCUUGGAGGUUUUAGUCCAACCCAUUGUACAAAGUAGAGUACUUAAAUCAUCCAGACAGGUGGAUGUCUAGAUGAAUGAAUGAAUGAAAUCUAGCUUUGUGCAGUUGGAUUCCAAAUGAGUUUUAUUCCUUUCUAGUCAUUAUUUCAAACUUUUUUUGUCCAGAUCCUUAGUAUAAAUUGGAAGCUCCAUUGAUUUUCUAUCUAAUUCAAGUUUUAAAACCACCAACUUAGGUGGUGAUCAUUCUCCUCUCAAAUAAGUAUGAGUCAUAUUUUAAGCAGAUAAUAAAUACUUCUUGACAGACGGUUUGUCCACCACUCAUCUGCAGUGACAUCUAUGAAUGUCAAAUUUUAAAACUUCAAUUAAGAAAUGAAUCAGAUGAAACCAUUACAAAGUUUUCCCUUCAAGAUUUAAUCUGUUUGCAUCAUCUGUUGCUUCAGAUAAUAACUACCACUUUGCCAAUUUGUAUGCUACCAGUUUGGGUAAAUAAAAAUGGUUUGAUUGUGAGUUUCUAUGAUUUUUUUCCCUAUUUUUUCAAAAUAUCUGUUUUAUAAAUAAAAAUAAGGUUAGAAAUAAGAACAAUUUUAGGAUAAUUUAAGAAGUUUUUGUGUCUUUGCAUGUUCUAAUUAUUUACAUAAUAUGUAAUACAUAAUAUUUGAGAUAUAGUUAUUUAAGCAGCAUAAAAAUAUUUUAAAAUUGACAUUUUGUCAUCAUUCAUAAUGUUUCCUUUUACAUUUUAUCAUCAUACUGCUCUAUUUAAUGCUCUACAAAUCAUUUGGUUGCAUGACAGUCUAUGUACAUGCUUUGCGCUGUUAUCCAAAAUGUCAGCUGUCUUCACUUUUGUCAUUAUUCAGAGUAAGUUUUUAAAGACUCUGCUAUUUCUUACUAUUUUACCAUUAAAGUUGAUUAAGUAAAAUACAAUGAUGAUUACAGGUGCGGAUCUAUGUUGGUAUUAGACAUGGGGGCUGAUUUGUUUUAUGUUAGGAUAAAAAUGGAAGGUUGAACGUAGUGACAUCAUGAUGGAGCCUAUUUAAUUUAAGUUCUUGUUCAAAUCACAUGGGUUCAUCAGGGCUACUUACUACUUACUAGGGAAGACAUCCAUACCGAAGACAAAAACUAUUUUCCUUUUAGUGCUCUAUUGAUUUUAUUGCUACCGGAAUGGGAUUGCCUAACAGUCUCAAACCCUGACACCUUUGUCUCCUUUCAUAUGUUCUUAAAGGACAGUGGUCUGUUAGCUAGUUGAUUCAAUCAAACACUGCUCUGACUUUUGUGAUAUCAAAGUGCAGUCAUGUUUACCAAGUAUACCUGUUGUUUUAACUUCCUGUUAAGUGAGUUCUGAGUUAUCCAGGCAGGCAUGGGGAGUGUACUCAGUUAUGACCAUAAAUGAGUCCAGAAUUAUGGUAAUAAGUCAUUAUGGUCAUAUAUCAAGGCAUUAUGUGUCAACCCAAUUUUUUAAAGAUUUUUUUUUUUUUGAGGCCAUGCAGCAAACACCACAGGCAUUAGCAAUCGCUGUUUGUUUUUUUUUGUCUGAAGCCUGAAGCAAACAUCAGAAACAUGCAAAAAAAAA